GUAGCAGUGGCGCAGAUGCCCGUCGGAGUUUUAUUACACCGUUAUUCUCGACGUUCAUACCAUCCCGCCAGUGCCACAACUACAACAGAAUGUACUCUCCCUUCCUGGUAUGCAUGUAUCUUCGGGCAAUCUGGAUAUCUGACUCCCGCAUUCCAAUACGUGCGUCGCGACAUGCGUGGGCCACCUCAUGGAACAUAAGUCCAGUGCGCGUCGACGGCUGGCUCUGGGCUCGCAAAUCAAAGGCGAAGAA